GGCUAUUGGGACAUGGUGUGAGUCGUAGUCCACGCAAAAUAUUUUCCCCCGCACACCUCCACCGCGGGAAGAGUCUAACAUUCCUACUCAGAGGGGAAACCCUCAUAACUAGGGGAAAGACCAAGGCGCUUAGAGUGAGUAACCCACCGGGCUGUCUGCAGCCAAGCAGGCAGUAAGCGGGGAGGGUAGGGAGGAAAGGGAAGAGGAGGAGCGUGGGAAGCCAGCUAGCGGUGUCAAUACAAUAGGCUCGUUGUAUGUGUGGAUGUGCGCGCCUGCUGGGAGUCUGCAGACACAGAGGAAAGGCACAGGCGCUGAACGGACACAGUGGACAGGCUCCCUCCCUCCGCUAGGGUUCAACCCAGCCAUGCUUGCCAUCUGAGCGGGCAGUGAAAGAAAAAGGCAGCGAUCUGCAGCAGCUGGAAGGGAAAGGUUCCUUGAAUUGGGCUGUCGGCGAUGUUUAAGAUAUUUAAGAGAAAACUGGACUGCUUAUCUGUUUAAUGGAUGCGUCAGGAUGAAACGCCUCAGGAACCUCAGCAGCAGUGACAGCUCGGACAAUGAGAGUUUUUUUCCCAUUAAUUUAGGUCCUUCUACAUCAUUUUCCUCCUGCUUCCAGCAUAAGGGUAAAGGCAAAUGUACAGCCGAUGAUGGAAAGAAAUCUGCCGAGGUGUUCCGGAAAGAUCUUAUUAGUGCCAUGAAGAUCCCAGACUCCCAGCAUGUCAACCCAGAGGAAUAUUACCAGUUUGCAGACACCUGGAAGCAGGAAUGGGAGAAGGGUGUCCAGGUGCCAUCCAAUCCUGAAAACAUCCCACAGCCUUCUCUAAGGGUCAUCGCAGAAAAAGCAAAAGAGGUGUUGUUUACACGCCCAAGAAAGUACAUUCAUUGCUCUAGCCAAGAGCCUGCAGAGCCUGGAUAUAUCAACAUCCUGGAACUGGCAGAGAGCAUGUGCCGAUAUGACCUUGAUGAUCUGGACCUGUAUUGGCUGGGGGAAUGCAACCUUGAACUUGCGGAUAUGGGAUGUGCUCCUGUUGAUGAGAGCACAAUGGAGAAAACACUGGAAGUUUUGGAACGGCAAUGUCAUGAAAACAUGAACCAUGCCAUAGAGACAGAGGAGGGCCUGGGCAUAGAGUAUGAUGAGGAUGUAAUUUGUGAUGUGUGCCGUUCCCCGGACAGCGAGGAGGGCAACGAUAUGGUAUUCUGUGACAGAUGCAACAUUUGUGUGCACCAGGCUUGUUAUGGUAUCCUGAAGGUCCCUGAAGGCAGUUGGCUCUGUCGCACUUGUGUCUUGGGGUUGCACCCACAGUGCAUCUUAUGUCCAAAAACAGGAGGUGCUAUGAAAGCCACAAGGACUGGAACCAAGUGGGCACAUGUGAGCUGUGCUCUCUGGAUCCCAGAGGUAAGCAUUGCCUGUCCAGAGCGCAUGGAGCCUAUUACUAAAGUUUCACACAUCCCUCCUAGCCGGUGGGCAUUAGUUUGCAGUCUCUGCAAGCUGAAGACUGGUGCCUGCAUACAGUGCUCAGUUAAAAGCUGUAUCACUGCUUUUCACGUAACGUGCGCCUUUGAACACAGCCUGGAAAUGAAGACUAUACUGGAUGAAGGGGAUGAAGUCAAGUUCAAGUCAUACUGCUUAAAGCACAGCAAGAACAAGCAUGGGUUGAUAUCAGAGCAGGAAGAGCCUCACAAAACACACAGUGACAACAGGCCAACAGAGAGCGAGAGAACCAGCUUGCGCGCCCAGAAGCUAAAGGAGCUGGAGGAGGAUUUUUACACAUUGGUGAAAGUGGAGGAUGUGGCAGCAGAACUUGGCCUGCCCAUGCUAACUGUAGACUUCAUUUAUUCUUUCUGGAAGUUGAAAAGGAAAAGCAAUUUUAACAAACCUCUGCUGACUCCUAAAGAGGAUGAGCAGAAUGGUCUGGUCCAACCCAAGGAAGACAGCAUUCAUACUCGAAUGAGAAUGUUUAUGCAUCUUCGGCAAGACCUGGAACGGGUGAGAAAUUUGUGCUAUAUGGUAAACAGGAGAGAGAAGCUGAAAUUGUCCCACAGCAAAAUGCAUGAGGAAAUCUUUAAUUUGCAAGUCCAGCUUGUCAAUCAAGAGGUGGCAGCAGGACAACCAUUAUCGAAUGCACUAGAAAAUACACUGUUCUACCCUCCUCCCAGGAUUACUUUGAAGCUUAAAAUGCCAAAACCCAGAACACGAGACUGCAGAAUCAGUUCUGUGAAAGCAGGAACCAUGUCCAGCCCAGAUAAUCAAAACAGCAGUGCUACUUACCAUGGGAUGGGGGGAGAAGUCCACAGGCAAUCUUCUGAACAUACGAAGCUCUACUCCACUUAUGCCUCUGAACAGAGAAACAAUGGUUUGCUAGGAGGAAUAACAAGGUUUCACAAAGAGUUUCAGGGUACAGGGUGUAAGCCAUCAUCACGGUUUCGUUCAUCAGGGAAACCAAUGUCUCUACAAGCUGUCAUUCAUGGGCAGUCUUCAAAUGGCAGUGGGAAGGUACAGCAUGAACAUGUGAGUUUAGCAAGGGCUAAUGGUGUACUUAGCAGCGGGGACAGAACUCAGAGGGAUAGCUCAAGCCAAACAUCUCCUGGGCAGAACUCUGAGAUUAUAUGUCAUAUUGCAGGUCAGAGCACCUUUAGGAAAGCCAACAUGGAACACUUCAGCAGGUCAUUUAAAGAGGCCACCAAUAAUUUAGUUAGAACCACAGAAGACCUGAGAAGUUCUGAAAAGCCUCAGCGGCGUCAGUCUGUAAAAGAACGUUUGUGGAGCAAACAGCCGGCUGAUACUCAAACCUCUGGUACUCCAUACCAAGACAAUGAUGGCUAUUGUCCUGACCUGGAGUUAAGUGACUCUGAAGCUGAAAGUGAUGAAAACAAGGACCAUAUGCUGUUACGGCGAAACAGCCGGGAAAGUCCAAACAGGGACUCUUGUAGGAACAGCCGCAUUAGAGGCAAAAGGAAAAUGACUUCUCACAGUUCAGUGCAGAGGUGAUAAAUACCUUUCCCUCCCCAACAUUUGUUUUUCUACUAGUAUAUAUUUAAAUGCCAAAAUUUGGGCAGUGAACCUCCAAAAAUGUAAUAUAGUCAGUUGUUAGACUUGAUUGAGUGUAGGGGUUUGCUAAGGAUAGCAGGAGUCAUUUAAAUUUCUAUGUGAAAUUGUAAGAGAAUGGCCAGCUCAGCCAGGCUUGUCCCUACAAGCAAGGAAAUCUUUUAAUUAAAGGUAUUUUAAUAUUUUCUGUGUCAGACAAUAUGGUGAUCCUUUGUGGAUAAAGGAGAAAUUUGAUAUGAUAAUUCAAAAUGAUAGUUUUAUUUUGUACAUUAUAAGAAUAUAAAACACCGCAGCCUUCAGUUUGCAGGCUUAUUUUUGACUGUUGCAGGGUCAGACAAACAUCUGCAGCCAAUCAGUAAAAGUUAUAGCAUCUCUGCCAUAGGUGCUGUCAUUUUGUCCUGCUCUCUAGUCCAUGCUGACUGUAAAUACAUUCCUAAUGUAAACAUCCUGCUUGUUGUCCAAUACAAUUGCUGUAAAUAUUAUUCCCAAUGAAGUAGAUGAUUCACAAGCCAACUUGUGAAUACUGUUUACAAAAAUCAGUCGUAGGAUUCUCAGUAUAUUCUGCCAUCAGUGACUAAGGCACAGCAAAAUAGCAGAGGGAACAUACUGUGCAUUUCUUUUUGGGACCAUGAUACUGUCAGCACUUUGGCAAAAAAAAAAAAAAAGUGCACUGUUGCAAUAUCCUAGACUUUUACACACUAUAUUAGACAUAUCCAUUCUCUUUGCAGAGGGUGACAUGAUUAUGAAAACUGCUGAAACCUAAAUGUAGUUGUUAUACCUUUCCUGUAUGUAUAGCUCGAUGAACUCAAUAGAAUUCAACAUCUACAAGUCUUUCCCAGAUUUUCCAGAUUCAUACAUGUUUAUUGGCAGCCUGCUUGGUUUAAGGGAUUUCAAAUGGCUAGCCUGGUAAUAUCAGAAAGCAUUUUUAGACUUUACACAUGCAGGCACUGUAUUUCUCUAAUGAGAGUAGAAACUCUGUAAUCCUGUAGAAAGAGAUACUUUUCUCAUACCGCCAGUUGAUUGGCUGUGCAGGAAUUGGUAGUGGUUCUGCUGAGCGCCAUACUUCUGCUACUGGCAAUCAAAUCGAGUAUUUGUAUUUCUUUGCAAAGUUAUAUUCAAGCAAGUAUAUUCUAUACCCAAUAUUCAUGCCUUUAUAUCCAUCUUCCAAUGCAUGAUUUAGUGUGAUUAGCUUAUCUUACUUUA